AUGGCGGCGGUACAGACAGCCGAAGAGCUGCGAGCAGAGAUCGAGGCCACCCAGCGACAGGUGGAGGCAGAGAGGGCCAGGCGGGAGGAGCUCAAGGCCGAAACCGCGCAAGCGGUAGAGCGGCAGAAGCUCCGCGUCGAGCUGGCCAAAAAGAGGCAAACUCUCGGAUGGGAGCGGAUCUUAAAUGAGCGCGAAGCUAAGCGUCGACGGUCCUUGGAUGAAGACCGGAUCCUUUGGUGCCAGAAUUCGGAAAGAGCAGACUACAAGCCAAUUCGGGCAGCCGUGAUGCGAGCUAGUGGUGCAAACAGCACUAACUGCGCACAAAUGGUCGCCAGGGGCGAGUACGUCUGGCGAAUUACAGGCUUCUCCUGGUUGAAGGGCAUGAUGGAACAGGAGAAGGCCGACGACGAUGAGGAGGGCACGGGGUUCUUUGUCGAGUCCGAGCGGUUUCAUCUAAGUGCGGAGCAUUUCGUAUUUCUCUACAACCCGCUGGCAGGCGAGCUUUGUGGAGGUUAUCAUGGGUCUCUCGCCAUAGUGCCUACCACGAACGAUCGCAUCAUGCUUCGGUAUCGCAUCUACGUCAAGGCACGGAGCGGUGAAUUCUUGCAAUGGGGCGAGACGCGAGAUGUCGUCAAUGAAGUCGUAAGCGAGGAUCAGUUUGCUGCAUACGGCCCCGAUGUGCAUUGGCCGGCUCAUCCUCCUGAGUCUCUGGGUAUUUUCGGGCUGAGCUAUGACGAGCUGUUGCAGUCCGAGUGGGUGGAGAACGACACGCUGACCGUGAAGUUUGAGCUUGAAGUUCGUCCCAACGAGUGGGCAGAAUCAGCGCCCUUGAGGCUUGUAGGGGAGGUUCCUGAGCCAACUAUGAGUGAUGACACACAGGUGCUCUUGGAGGAAGGCAAGUGCUGCGACAUAACGUUCAUGGUGCAGGACGAGGUGAUCCAUGCCCACUCGCAGAUUCUUUGUGCCCGAUCCGAGGUGUUCAGCAAGCAGCUGACGGCCGGAAUGCAGGAGAGCCUCUCGAAAGCCAUCGUGAUCGAGGAUUGCGAUGUCGCCACCUUCAGGGCCUUCCUUCAGUUCCUCUACACAGAUCGCUUGCCGGAUGCCAAGGAGCUCCUUCCGAAGAGGACCGCCAGCGAGUCCGAGAAUGAGAGCGGAAGCCCUCAGUUGUCGCGGAUUCAGGCGCUUUUGGCCGUAAGUGACAAAUAUCAGAUCAAGAGGCUUCGGCUGUGGUGUCAAGCGAAGCUUUCCGAAGAAAUUAACGCUUCGCAGGUCUGUGACAUUCUCAGCCAAGCGCAUCUUCUUCAGGCGAAGCAGCUCGAAACGGCCUGCCUCUCCUUCAUCAAGGACCACAUGAGCCAAGUACUCACCAUGCCCUCCUACCUUAAACUAAUCAAGACGUGGCCUCAGCUCGCUCUGAAGAUCAGCCUCUUCCUGGCGGAUGUGUCCGAGGCCCAGGCUCUGACCACGAUGGAUGCUUUUGUGAAGGCCGACUCAGGAAACUAG